UUUAAUAAAGAUGGAUGCUUAAUCAUCGAAGAUUUCUGCAGUGAAGAAGAGGUCCGAUCGCUUCAACUAGCAUCGCAAGAUCUACUUCAUCAACUAGAUAUGUCCACUCAUCCGAAAGCAGUUUUUAGUACCACGGUUGAUAAUAUGCGAAGAUCGGAUGAUUAUUUCAUGACAAGUGGAGAUAAGAUUAGAUACUUCUUUGAAGAAAAGGCCUUCGAUGAAAAGGGUAAACUUUUGGUAGAUAAAUAUGAAGCGUUGAACAAGAUCGGUCAUGCUUUACAUGAAUUAAAUCCUACCGUUAAAUCAUUUACUUUCAGUUCCAAGAUCCAAAAUAUUGUUAGGAGUCUUGGCUUCGUAGAACCUAAAAUAUUGCAGAGUAUGUUUAUCUUUAAGCCGCCGCACAUUGGAGGAGAAGUUGUAGCACAUCGAGAUGCAACUUUCUUACACUCUACCCCUGUGAAAUUAAUGGGUUUAUGGUUCGCUUUAGAAGACGUAACACUAACUAAUGGCUGCUUAUGGUUUAUUCCUGGAUCCCAAACAGAGGGUACAUCUCGACGAAUGAUAAAAAAUCCUGAUCCGAACGGUUCCUCCGUUAUAUUUACUGGUGGCAUAGAAGACUUUGAGGAGAGCAAAUUUGUUCCUUUGCCAGUCAAGAAAGGCUCUGUUGUCUUAAUUCAUGGUGAAGUUUUACAUCGUAGUUUAAAAAAUGAAUCUCCAAAAGCAAGACCAAUCUAUACUUUUCAUUUAUAUGAGUCAAGAAAUACUACUUGGAGCAAAGAAAAUUGGUUAGUAUUAUUUUGUUUCACUUAA